AUGUAAAAUAAAAAUAAAAAAAUUGAAGGGAGAGAAUAGGAGCUAGAGCAUGAUUAUAAAUAAGAUAUAAACCAGAGGGUGGGUUGUUGGUUAGGAUCAUCGUGUAUUGUUAAGUGAGGGGCGAUCGGAUCCAGCUAUAGCUACAGGAAGCAAGAUGUGGGGUGUGAUAAGGCACAAGAGUAUUCGUCCUACCUUCUCCGCAUUCAGACAUUUCUCUUCUGCCGCUAAAGAGAUAACAGUGAGAGAGGCUCUCAACUCCGCACUCGAUGAGGAAAUGUCAGCUGAUCCAAAAGUCUUCUUGAUGGGUGAAGAGGUGGGGGAAUAUCAGGGUGCAUACAAGAUAUCCAAGGGACUCCUGGAGAAGUAUGGUCCCGACAGGGUUCUCGACACCCCAAUCACCGAGGCUGGGUUUGCCGGGAUUGGAGUUGGUGCUGCAUAUUAUGGUCUAAGACCUGUUGUGGAGUUUAUGACAUUUAACUUCUCCAUGCAGGCAAUAGAUCACAUUAUUAAUUCUGCUGCAAAAUCAAAUUACAUGUCUGCUGGCCAAAUAUCUGUGCCUAUUGUCUUUAGAGGACCCAACGGUGCUGCUGCUGGGGUUGGUGCUCAGCACUCUCAAUGUUAUGCAUCUUGGUAUGGUUCAUGCCCUGGGUUAAAAGUCUUAUCACCAUAUUCAUCUGAAGAUGCUCGUGGUUUGCUUAAAGCUGCUAUACGGGACCCUGAUCCUGUUGUUUUCCUUGAAAAUGAGUUGUUAUAUGGUGAGUCAUUCCCUGUUUCAGCCGAAGCUCUUGAUUCCAGCUUUUGCCUAUCCAUAGGAAAAGCAAAGAUUGAGAGAGAAGGAAAAGAUGUGACUAUCACAGCCUUUUCAAAAAUGGUUGGCUAUGCUCUCAAGGCUGCUGAGACACUGGCAAAGGAAGGAAUCAGUGCUGAGGUUAUUAAUUUGCGGUCAAUCCGGCCGCUUGAUCGAUCCACAAUCAAUACUUCUGUCAGGAAAACCAACAGGCUGGUGACAGUUGAAGAAGGGUUUCCUCAGCAUGGUGUUGGCGCAGAAAUCUGCGCAUCUGUCAUUGAGGAGAGUUUUGGUUAUCUUGAUGCUCCAGUUGAGAGAAUUGCUGGGGCUGAUGUUCCCAUGCCCUAUGCAGCAAAUCUGGAAAGAAUGGCUGUCCCACAGGUUGAAGAUAUUGUUCGUGCUGCAAAGAGAGCUUGCUACAGAUCUGUGCCUUUGGCUGCAGCUGCUUGAACAUAAAUCUAGUCCUGAAAAUUUUCAUGGCCUGGUUAGUUCUUUGGAAAUCUUUGAUGUUACAAAAAACAAAAUUUCCCAAACUUCGUCCGUAAAACAGCAGGAAGAAAUUGCAAUUUGCAACCCAUGAAAGCUGGUUUUACUCAUGGAUUAUGUUAGUGUUUGAUUUAAAAGAUUCUGAUAGUUGCAUAAUACUGCUGUCCAAAUUUUCAGGAGUCACAGAUGCUACACAUUUUUUAUCCUUCUCAGCAUAGCUGGGAGGAAGUUCAUGUUUAAUAAUAACUUGGAUAACAAUGGCACAAGGCGGGAACUUUUAUGUGCUUUUUUGGUUUGUGCUAGGCAAUAAGUAGUCGACUUUUGUAAUACAUUAUCGCGUUUACAAGAUCUAACUUGCUGUUUGAGUUCAUUCU